AGCAUAUGUUUGUCAUGUCCAUCUUCAUCUCUGGCAGUUCAGCCUCUCACGGUUUGACAGCAUGGAUCAAAGAGAAAUUCUCAUGCAAAACUUGGAAAGAGUCAAGAGCCAAAAACUCAACAGAGAGGAAUUCACAAAUGAAUUUUUGAAACUGAAAAGGCAAUCAGUAGCCUACAGAGCAGACAAAAUCUACCCAACAGCUACAGCUGAGAGGCCAGAAAACAUCAGCAAGAACCGCUACAAAGAUAUCUUGCCAUAUGACCACAGCCGAGUGAAGCUAUCUCUGAUCACAUCAAAUAAAGACUCCAAUUACAUCAAUGCCAAUUUUAUCCAGGGUGUAUAUGAGCCAAGGACAUAUAUAGCUACCCAGGGUCCGCUUUCCACAACUGUUCUUGACUUAUGGCGGAUGAUUUGGGAAUAUAAAGUCCAGGUUGUGAUAAUGGCGUGCAUGGAAUUUGAAAUGGGGAAGAAAAAAUGUGAGAAAUACUGGGUGGAGGUGAAUGAGUCCCCUAUUCAGUGGGGCCCAUUCACUGUUUUCUGUGAGGCUGAAGAAAAGAGGAACGAAUAUACAAUUCGCACUCUGAAAGUGAACCUCAGUGAUAAUGAAAUCAGAACUGUCUACCACUUUCAUUACAGAAAUUGGCCAGACCAUGAUGUACCCUCCUCUAUUGAUCCCAUUCUCCAGCUCAUAUGGGAGAUUCAUUCCUACCAAGCAAACACUAGUGAUGCACCUAUCUGUAUCCAUUGCAGUGCUGGCUGUGGAAGAACAGGUGUCAUCUGUGCCAUUGACUAUACUUGGACCUUGGUAAAAGAUGAGAUUCUCCCAAUGAACUUCAGCAUUUUUAGCCUGAUUCAAGAAAUGCGUACCCAGAGGCCUUUAAUAGUGCAAACUCAGGAGCAAUAUAAGUUGGUUUAUGAUGCUGUGAUCGAGCUCUUUAAAAGGCAACUAGAAGCAUUCUCUAAUCCUUCCGGUACCAUAGCUGUGGAGACCAGAGGAAGCCAUCCGACAGCCAAGACAUUCCAAGUUUCACAUACAGAAACUUCUUUACAGAAACCACUGAGCAGUUCAAUGCAAGAGGAACAGGAGAAAACUCAGUGGCACGGUCAUGAUGUCUGGGGCUUAAACAUGCACAGAAGACUCAGGGGUGGUGCCUCUCCACCAGUCAGACAAGCCCUUUCAAUCGAAGCCUUGAACUUCAGCAGCAGCCGAAACGUGACUAUGACAACAGAAUGUAAUUCUUCAUUGGCAAGGCAGCCACUCCAUAAACAUCACAGUUUGGACUUCAACAGUGUAUUUUGGGGAGAGUUGCCUCUCACUUUGAGGCCAGCCUGUGAAAACGGGGUAAGAUUAGAUCCAAAGGCACCUCUGUCACGGACCAAAUCUACCCCUUUUGAGAAAAUAUCCCAAGCACUGACCAGAAAGGAUGCAGGCUCCCCUUUUGGCCUCAAGCUCCAAGCUGACACAACCUUUCCCAAUAAACCAUCAAACCAUCCCCAGUAUUAUGUACGUCGGGACUUGCGCCACCAGACCAGUACUUGGUCGACUGAGGAUCCAUAUUUUUCUUCACUCUCUUCGGAUGACCCAUGCUCCCCAACGCUUGCUGAUUCUACUGUGAAUUUGCAUGAAAUCAUUUCUCAUGUUUCAUCUGCUGGGGACUCCACAGCACAGCCCUCUGACAGCGCAAGGCCUAGAUCUCUGCAGUGCAGUCCUCAGGCCCAGAAUAACCAUCUGCUGGAUGCAGUGGAAUCAGCCUGCCAGAGUUCUCCCGUAUUGGACGAAGACAUUCCUCCCCCACUGCCUGAGAGAACCCCUGAGUCUUUUAUUGUACCUGGAGAAACAGAUGACUUUUCAUUGGCUGCUUCAACCCACCAACCACUAUCCAAGAAUGAGAAAAUGGUAAUAUCUGGAGAAUGGAAUGGAAUGCCUCAGCUGAAAUUAUCUGAUGACUCUGUAAGAUUGAGGCCAAGCAAGAGUAUGAAGCUACAGAGACCCAGAUCAGAGUAUCAUCGGGAUCGCUCUUCUUCCCCUCCCCCACUGCCUGAAAGAACCCCCGAAUCCUUUAUUCUUGCUGAUGAGGAAAGUCUACCAUCUGCUUGGAACAAUGUUGUGAGCCCCGGAGACUCUGGGAUUAAAGUAGCUGACCAAUCAUCAAAGGAAGCAAAAUGUUUCAAGAGGAGUAAGAGCUUGAAAAUCUUACGAAAUGUGAAAAAUAGCAUCUGUGGUCCGCCUUCACUAGUAAAACCACCAGAGCCUAACCAGUCCAAUCAUUCCAUCUUGAGCUUUGGCUUUGCAAACCGAUUUUCAAAACCCAAAGGACCAAGAGAUCCACCACCAAGCUGGAAUAUUUAG